AUGCCUUUGGGUCGCUUAGAUCGUAAUUUGUCCUCCAAAUCCAAUACGGGUGUCAGGAAAUCGACAAUAAAGCACUUCGUACCCACAGAGGAUCAACACCCUUUGCCACAUUACAGUUCUGAAACCUCUACUGCGCAAACCCUCAAACCACCAACUAUCCCGGCGUUUGAUCUUGAUAGAACCAGCUGCUACAGCGACGUGCCGUUCUUAGCUGAACCAAAAUACAGCUCUAGGUCUGAUCACGAUAAACCACUCCCAUCACGACCACAAGCACAGGCUCAAGCGGGCAAAGGCCCCGACGAACAAGAAGCCUCGUGGUACUCACACAGUACUGUGGUAGAGGAGCACGUACGACGACAAUCGAGGGAGGUCCCGACAUUCGACAGGUCUGAUCGCGAGGAAAGUCUCGAUUUACCAGGAUCGAAGAAGGCAAAGGAGCUGCUAGACAAACAACCGGCUCUGGAGCCCACGUUCCAACACGUCGGGAGCGAGGCAUUUCAAAAUAUUGACAUAAACGAACAACCAUCCGAGAUGCCUGAAAGAACUGUCAAGAAGAAAGGGUUAUGUUUUGGGGUAGGCAUUUUAUUUGUGGUCUUGCUUAUUGUUGUUGUCAUCCUCCUUAGUCUCUGUAUUUCGGGUGCCUUUGGAAGUCACUGCCCAAAAGACCCAUUCAGAGCGUCGAAUCCGAGCUCAAAAACGAGCAUAGCACCGAUCACAUCAUCAAUGAUAGCAACGACACCGGGAGUAGCCACUGUCAUGGCUCCCAGUCCAGAGACCGACGUAGCGAGUACUGUGUCUGCGACUUCUGUCCUCGACUCCAGCACAACGGCUUCGCAGUCUUCAACGCAUUCUCCAAAAAUCUCGCCAAGUUCGAUCAAAUCAGCACCCUCAUCCGCUGCCGGCUCUGCAUCUGCCCCUCAACUCGUAUCCACGAUGACUAUAGAGGACAGCCUUGUUGGACGAAGCGGAUAUAUCGGUUUACGUGACGAGGCCUUUGACGUAAAUUUGAUACUCAAUAGAGCACAGGAAGCGAUCGUAGCAGGAGAGCCUAGCAUCGCAUAUGCUAAUGAAGAUGGAAAACGCGAAGACGAAUAUACCACCACUACAAUAACAACUACGCUGACGACAACGAUAACGAGUACAUUACACACCUCCGGAUUGGCAGCAGCGGGCGUGGAAAGCUUUGUCCCGUCCGUGCAGCCAGCGAGUGAUGAGUCAGAACAAGAGUCAAACAACGUGAGUCCUACGAAUGAGUCUCCAACAUCGCCCAGGGAUCAAAGCACCUCAGAUACAGGAGUUUCACAAUCAGCCGCGCAAGUUGGGUUUAAUCCUCUGGAAUCGACAUAUGCCACGCUAUCGCAGACCCCGGACCCAACACCAACACGUCCUCCGAACACGACCCAAACAGCUCAAUCUCGAAACACGGACGCCUCUGUCUUAUCCGCAUCGUCAAGCGCUGCGGGAGCGCGACUGGGUGUCCCGUCAUGGGAUAAAUUCCAGCGUCUGCGACAAUUUUUGCUUUUCAACCCAAUCGGCGAGGGGAACCGACAUAUUCUACCAUCUAUCACGCCAAUGCCAACUGUGACCGGGAACGAUGAGACAAAGAGCGGAGCAGAAGAGACUAGUACCACACCCCUGAGUACGUCAAAUGACAAUGCUGCAGCCCGUAGAGGGCUUGACCUUCCACCCAUUGGAGAUCUACUGUCGAAAGCACUUGAUUUGACGACAAAGGUACACCUAUCUACAAUGAUUGACUUCAAAAGUAAGGGAAGUGCCACAAGAACGCCUCUCCACACACCAAGCAGCAAUGCCGCAGCCCCACGCCACGCAGCACCAUGGAGACGAGUCACCUUUAUGCCCACUAACCCUCAUCGGCGUCACCAAGCCACACAAACAUCAUCCACUUCACUUCCAUACAUUCCGAAACAGACUUCUGCACCCACAUAUCCCCAUGUACGCCGUCAAAGCCCAUCUGCGUCUCUUUUGCCUGAUUCUGAAGGAAGAAAACUCACUUUCUGGGAAGCUUUCUCGCAGCUGCGUCUUCAGGCCGUGCAGAUGUGUUUUGACGUCAAGACGUACCAGGAUAGUACUCUUACGCCGAUGCCGGCACAGAAAGACCUGCAGAUGGGCAAGUCAUUAGAUGAGAUAAUUUGCAGUACGCUGGAUGGUAGUUUCCCGCCUGUGACUCAGGGCGGGAAGUGCGACACGAAGAGUGAGUGGGAGAGUUUGGAGACUAAGGUGGGGGAAGUGUGUAAUUUGCAGAAGAUGGGGGAGAAGUUGGUGCAGGAUUUGGAGAAGCUUUGUGGGGUUAAGGAUGUUUACGCUGGCAAUCUGGAUACGUGUGGAAGUGAGGCAUCUGGUAUGGGAAGUGCAAUGGCUGGAUGGGCGAGCAAUUUGACUGCGAACUCGAGCGGAUCACCAGCAGCGGACUCUGUCACAGGCUCGUCUGCGCUCAGCAACGCGACAAAUUCCGAGUCGCUGUCGAUUACUCUUCAACAGCAUGGUAUCACGAGUCCGACUCCCGAUUCUACUGCCCCCUCCACUGCUUUUGCCUCUACCCCUCCGCUUCCAACAUCGACAAACGCCCUUUCCCCAACACUCUCAACACCCCCCAAAACGACCGUUGCAGCAUGCCCUGCAGUACCAGAAACACCCCUACCAUCAUCUUGCAUCGGCAAACUACCAUCCCACCACAAAUUUACCCCACCGCCAGACUGGACCAUCCCAAUGCUAACCUACAGCACUCAAGCCGCCAACUACACCAGUCUACGUACUAUACCAGCCAAUGCUGUUGCAACUCCCCCCAUCUACACCGGACCCCAACUAUCCCGCAACUGGCCCGUAUCCUACGCCUUCCCCAUCCCAACCGGCUAUGUCGCCCCCAACAUUGUACCCGCCUCUCCCCAAAUCGGUCAACUAACCUACUUCAACCCCGGCCUCGGCGCAUGUGCCGAACCCAACAUGGCCUCCAAUGAACUAGCAGUCGCUAUAAGUUGGGAGUUAUUCGACAUGGGUCGCGAAAUUGGAGAAUCGAGUUUUGCAAAAGAUUGGUUCACCGCGGGUAGGGUAGGAUCUAACGGGAUUGAUAGUGCGGGUAGUGCGUUGUGUAAUCAGGGCAUUAAGGCGUGGAUUGGGGAUUCGGGUGGGGGGAAGGCGGUAGAGAUGGAGUUUGUGGUCAGGGAUCGGUGCGAGGGGUGUAAUGUUAGUGAUAUUGAUAUUCAGCCGGAUGUUUUUGAUAAGUAUUGGGGGACGAGGGAGAGGGGGAGGGUAAUGGUUACUUGGGAGUGGAUGAGGGAGGCGCCUACGGAUGUGCCGAAGUAG